AUGUCUAUCUUUCAGCCAUAUACCGUCUUCACACGCAAUAAAAUAUGGUUCAUCACAUAUCUCCUCGGAUAUCUCACUCUCGCUUCCUCGCUUACGGCCACCAUCUACUUCCCCCUCAUCGAUCUGUUGAGUAACCAGUACCACGUAUCCGUCCAACUCGUCAAUCUCACUAUCACAUGCUAUGUGAUCUUCCAGGCCAUCUCGCCCGCAUUCUGGGCUCCACUCUCUGACACCCUGGGCCGCCGUCCAGUCUUCCUCAUGACGUUCUCAAUUUAUGUCUGUGCCAGUCUCGGACUAGCUCUGAAUAAAUCCAACUAUACCGCCCUCAUCUUAUUGCGUGGCCUCCAGAGCAUUGGAGGAUCAGCUGUCAUGUCCCUUGCCUACGCCGUUGUAGCAGACGUCUCGCCUCACUCCGAACGUGGGAAAAUUCUAGGUCCCAUGCUUACAUCGACAAAUCUCGGCCCCUGCAUCGGGCCUGUAAUUGGCGGUGGCGCUAUCCUAGCCUCGGGGGAUGCCAUGUGGUGUUUCUGGGCUUUGUUUAUCUUUGGGAUCAUAUCUCUUCUAUUCAUCGGAUGGACAUUACCAGAAACCGCAAGAACAGUAGUUGGCAAUGGUGCCGUCUAUCCACAGAGUAUAUGGAGGACGUGGUGGAAUUUGCUGGUUGAGAAGAUUCCCAAGUUGGGUAACAAUCCUGAAACGGAUAAUGCCAUCAUGCCACAAGGACAAAUAACAGAUAUCAACGCCGGUAAAACAGGAAAGGGCAAAUGGAUCAUACCAAACCCUUUUAUAUCCCUAAAGAUUAUAUUCUACUGGGACACCAUUUUAAUCCUGUGGAUGGCUGCAUCGCCCUAUGCCGUAUGGUAUUGUAUCCAAACUUCCCUCCCUCUCAUCUUCAGAAACACAUACGGAUACAAUGAAUUGUUUGUUGGUCUCUGCUUUCUCCCUGGGGGACUAGGAGUCAUUCUCGGGGGCCUCCUUGCGGGGCGUCUCCUGGAUUGGAACUAUAGACACACCGCACGAGCCAUAGGUCUUGAGGGGGAUAGCCAUAGGGUGGACAUGAGCCAAUUUCCCAUUGAAAAGGCUCGGUCUCGUGGUAUCUAUAUCGUCUUGUCCACUUCCAUCCCUCUAUUGGUGGGUUAUGGAUGGGCCGUUCAUUUUCAUGCUCAUCCGAGUAUUCCGUUGAUUUUGCAGGCGUUGAUUGGCGCAAAAUGUACAGUGAUCUUGCAGAGUUUCAGUGCUUUGCUAGUUGACAUCUUCCCAAGACGUCCUGGUGCGGCGGCCGCCGCAAAUAAUAUCACUCGAUGUGCGCUCUCUGCGGCUGCUGUUACCACUCUCCAGCCGUUGUCAAAGGCAAUUGGAUAUUCCUGGCUCUUUACGCUCAUUGCUCUUGUUGAUGGUGUGGCAGGGUUGCUUGCAGUCUGGGUUAUACGGCGAUGUGGAUCUGCGUGGAGGCAAAAGAGAGACUCAAAGUCUGACGAUUAA